AUGCCCAAGCCACCACCCCCCUCGCUCCCCAAGGCCGCGCUCCCCCGCAACACGGCGUUCGACCCGUGGAACUCGUCGUCGACGGGCCACCAGCGCCCCGAGCAGCAGCCCGGCACGGCAUGGCGCGCCUCCCGCACCGGCAAACUCAACUCGCAAUUCCAGUCCGGGCCUGCCGGCGGGCCCCGGACGCAGGACACCGGGGGCCCGGGGGCACGAGGCCGCGCCAGCGUCGCCGACAUGCUCAAGACGCCCGGCCUGAUGAGCCAGUCUCUCGGCGCGGCAAGGCGGCCGUCGGAAAAGGACGACGCCGCUGCCGUCACUGGUGCUGCCCCCCGGGGUAUUUUCGCCGGGUGCGUCGUCUACGUCAACGGGAGCACGUAUCCCCUCGUGUCGGACCACAGGCUGAAGCACGUGCUGUGCGAGAACGGCGCGCAGAUGAGCCUGCACCUGGGCAGGAGGAGAGUCACGCAUGUCAUAUUGGGGACGCCGGCUGGCGGCGCGGUCAAGGGCGCCGGCGGCGGCUUGGCCGGCGGCAAGAUGGAGAGGGAGAUGAGGAGGGUUGGCGGCGUAGGGGUGCGCUUUGUAGGGGUCGAGUGGUGA